CCAGCGAUCUGCAAAUAAGGUGUACGACUUGGAGGAGGAUGAUAGGAAGGAGCGUGCUGCGAUUCGGUGGCCCUUCUCUUUCAGACCCUAUCUUGCUUUUGGCGUUUGUCAGCGAGAGAAUUUAAUUGCCGUAUAUCAAAGAGUAGACCUUGAACACCUUGACUGUGAUCGUAUUCAACAGGAUAUCUAACAUCGUGUGAUAUUGCGUCAUCUUCACGCACAGUCUGCCGUCUGCCUGGCAUUAAGUCGUCUGCUGCUUACCGGAGUCUUCACCGUUUGUUUUUCAGUUGAUGUCAACUAUAUUCACUGAUAAAGCUGAUGAGCAAGAAUGGCAUUCAACUUUAGUAAUAUAGGGGAAGAGACCAAUCCUGCUAAACCGUGCCGGACAUGUACGGAUUUCAAAACAUGGGCCAAGCAAACUAAACAAACGUUGUCAGAUAAGGGAGGUGCUGCACCCUCUAAACCUCAAAACCCUGAAUGUCCUUUAGACAAGGAUGAAUUGGGAAGCAAAACCUGGGGAUUUUUGCACACCAUGGCUGCAUAUUACCCAGAAAAUCCUUCCCCUCAGCAAAAGCAAGAUAUGACAUCGUUUUUUGAUGUUUUCUCACGAUUUUAUCCUUGUGAAGUGUGUGCUAAAGAUUUUCAAAAAGAGAUUAAGAUCCAGCCUCCAAAAGUAGACAGUCAAAAGUCACUCUCAAAAUGGUUGUGUGAUAUGCAUAAUAUUGUAAAUGUAAAAUUGUCAAAGAAGACUUUUGACUGCAAUCGUGUGAAUGAGAGAUGGAAAGAUGGCUGGGUUGAUGGAUCGUGUGAUUAAAAUUCAAAAUAUACUUCUCUAACAUUAUGAGGACAAUGCUGAUUUAGAUUGUUUAUUCCUAGCUUACCUUCUAAAUACAAGAGAUCCAUCGUGCAGAGGUUGAUAUUUGUGUUGUUGUUUUUUUAAAAUUUUGUUGCCUGGUAUUGCAAAGUUAUGAAAAAAAUACAAGUUUUAUUCUUUCAA